CUUAAGGGAAAAGGAGGCGACCUUUAGGGAGUUGGGAGCCCGUGGAGCUGUUUCCAGGAAUGCUUUUCCAGAACAGCGUAGGGUUUGGAGAAGUCAGGGUGGUACCAGGGAGGAAGCAUGUCCCACUGUGGGCCCAGAGUAAACAAAUUUUGUUAAAGGAAAAGAUUGGUGGUGAAAGUUUGGUGACACCUCCAGGGAGAAAGGUUGUUGUGCAAAAAUGUUCUAUUAAUGAAUACAUUUUACUGGCUGUUAUCCAUCCUCCCCCAAGAAUUCCAACUGAAAACCUAGGAGGGAAAUUGCUGGAUCACACAGGAAAUUUGUUUACUGUUUGGGGAACUGUGAGACUGUUUUCCAAAGGAGCUGCACAAAAGGAAUUCCACCCAAAGGAAAACUGUUUCUUCUACCUUAGAAUACUUCUUGCACCAAAAUUUCUGGCCUUUGGUGUCUCGGAAAAUGGAGCCCCAGAUGUUGGCUCCACCCCUGGCAGAAAGGAAACUGAGGAUUCUCCUACUGGCUCGUGACUACUUUCUUCCCCUUUAAGGGGCGGUGACCAUGUCCCACCCACCAAAGCUUACAGGUCCUGGCCCCCAGAACAAGACCCAUGAAGUGACACGAGAAGGUUUCGGGACUCGGAUGCUAUCACUUGUGGAUCACCACUGACCUGCAAUUACAAUUUCUAACCGGCUGUUUAGGGCAGCUCAAGAAGAGCCUCUGGAGACGUGCUAGUCUCGGGCCGUUUCCUACUGACAGAAGACAAUGACCAAGGACCAGGGAUCGCUGACCCUGGAGGAUGUGGCCGUGGACUUCACGUGGGAGGAGUGGCAGCUCCUGACCCCCGAUCAGAAGGACCUGUACUGGGACGUGACGCUGGAGAACUACCGCAACCUGGUGGCCGUGGGGUAUCAAGCCCUGAAGCCGGACGCCCUCUCCAGGUUGGAACGAGGAGAACUGUGGCCCGAAGAAAAUGAAAUCCUUGGUCAAAUCUGUCCUGAAAUGAGAAAAGAUAACUGUCAUUUGCAGAAGGACUUGAAAAAUCAAAGAUGUCCAAAAAGAAUGGAACAGUGUCUCAAACAUAACACACUUGGAAACAUUGUUCAUCAGAGCAAAAGAAACUUUCCUUUAAAGCAAAAUCAUAAUAUAUUUGACUUACGUGGGAAAGCACUGAAAUUAAAUUUAAUAAGUCAGAGCAGAAGUUAUAAAGGAAAGAAUCCUGUUGAGGUUAAUGGAGAUACGAAAUCCUUCCUCCAUGCAAAGCGUGAGCAAUUUCAUGUGGAAAUUAAAUUUCCUGAGCAUGGAAGUUAUAUGAACUCAAAUUCACAAUUCAUUAAGCCUCUAGAAACUCAAAAGAUGAAUAAACCUCAUGUAUGCACUGAAUGUGGGAAAGCCUUCAUCAAGAAGUCCCGCCUCAUCGAUCAUCAGAGAGUUCACACAGGAGAGAAACCUCAUGGAUGCAGUGUAUGUGGGAAAGCCUUCUCUAGAAAGUCCAGGCUCACUGAACAUCAGAAGACCCAUAUAGGAGAGAAACGGUAUGCAUGCACUGAAUGUGACAAAGCCUUUCCCAAGAAAUCACGGCUACUUCUUCAUCAGAAAACUCACACAGGAGAGAAGCCCUAUGUAUGUGAAGAAUGUGGAAAAGGCUUCAUCAAGAAGUCUCGGCUCAUUAAUCAUCAGAGAGUUCACACGGGAGAAAAACCUCAUGGAUGCAGUCUAUGUGACAAAGCAUUCUCCAGGAAGUCCAGGCUCAUUGAACAUCAGAGAACUCAUACAGGAGAAAAACCAUAUGAAUGCACUGAAUGUGACAAAGCCUUCCGCUGGAAAUCACAGCUCAAUGCACACCAGAAAACCCAUACAGGCGAGAAAUCAUACGUAUGCAGUGAAUGUGGAAAAGGCUUCAUCCAGAAGGGCAAUCUCAUUGUACAUCAGCGAACCCAUACUGGAGAGAAACCCUAUGUAUGCAGUGAAUGUGGAAAAGGCUUCAUCCAGAAAGGCAACCUCCUUAUACACCAACGAACUCACACUGGAGAGAAACCCUACGUAUGCACUGAAUGUGGGAAAGGCUUCAGCCAGAAAACGUGCCUCAUCUCACAUCAGAGAUUUCACACUGGAAAGACUCCCUUUGUGUGUACCGAGUGUGGAAAAUCCUGUUCACAUAAGUCCGGUCUCAUUAACCAUCAGAGGAUUCACACAGGAGAGAAACCCUACAGAUGCAAUGACUGUGGGAAAGCUUUUCGGGAUAAGUCCUGCCUCAAUAGGCAUCGGAGAACUCAUACUGGGGAGAGACCCUAUGGAUGCACUGACUGUGGGAAAGCCUUCUCCCACUUGUCAUGCCUUGUGUAUCACAAGGGGAUGCUACACACACGAGAGAAACGUGGUGGUUCGGUCGAGUUGGAGAAUCCUUUCUCAAAAAGCCCCAGCUCAUCACAGUCACGUGAUAUCAUACAGGAAAGGAACUUCGUCAGCAUGGUGACCAUGCAGACGCCUUCUGUGGCAGCUCAGACUCCAUUACACUUCAUUGGGUUCCUAGCAGACAAGAACGGAGCCCUGGUAGGACAGCCAGGUGCCAGAUGUGCACCAUCAGCAGGUAAUAGAAGUGCACAGAAGAGAAGCCUAAUGAACGCAGUGAAUGUGGUGGUACCUUCAGUGAUCAGUUACAUCAUACUUUAUGUCACAGAAACCACACAGGCAUAAACUGUGAUAUGGUCAAGGUAGAAAACCCUUGAAUAAAACCUUCUAGCUCGUU